CCUUACUUGACUCUCAAUAUGACUCUUGAUUUGCUUUCUUUCUCCGUUACCUAGGUUUUGUUUUUCGGGCUGACGUUUCUGUUUUAUAUCAUUUCCCUCCCCUACCCUGUCGUCUCUCGACCGGGCCAACGUGUUGGUACAGCACUGGCGUUUCAGAUCAACUUCAUCUUCUCCGGUCAUCAGCCUUCUUGGUGUUAUUUAUUCUUACCUCCAUCCCAGGAGGAAAGUUGAUCCCCCAGUUCUACUAAGUUCGAUCACUAUUCGGGGAAAUGGGAAGCUUCCUGUCUAUCCAAAACAGAGACAAGCGCCGUCGCUCGAAUCGACUAUCAAAACCUCCUCAGAUUAAAUCCACUCCGAAUUCUAUACAUUCGCGCUCACCGCUGCAGCCCUCGACCCCAUCGACAUCUGCAUGGCAAAAUCCGUGGACCAACGUUUCGAUUCCUGUCAGCCCGACGGAUAUCGAAUCUAAUCCUGGACAGUCGUUUCCCUCCAACUCCUUGCAAUCGGAAACAGCCUGGAAUCCCCCGGCUCGUGGACCUGAACCAUGGCUUUCCUCCCCGACUUCUCCCACCUCCAGUGCCAGCAGGCCGGGUUCUCUAUACAGAAGAGCUUCUUUCCAGCCCUCUCAGCCAGUGACAUUUCAACCAACAACUCUCCAGACUACCCCCCCGUCCCCGUUGAUUGGGCAGCCCAGAAGAUCAUACUCAGUCCACGCCCCUCCCCAUAGGUCCAGAAGUACCAUCCACCCAAAUACGCCUGAAGCCACAACUUUCAGCAGUCAUUCCACGGUAGAGGGCCAGGGAAAUCCUCUUAUUCGCCGACGAUCUCUACUUACGCGACCUGGAAUCGCUACCAGAAGAUCUACGAAAGAGAGAGUCCCCCAGUUCUCUGUGGAACCCUGCCAGAAUACGCUCUUUCCGAUCAGCAGUCAGGCCAUCCUACCUUCCACGACAGAGCUGUCACCUCCAGACCAUGAAGAAAAUUUAUUCAACCGCUCCAUCUCGCCGUCCCAUCUUCGCCCGCCCACUCCCAGUGAGUUCGAGUACACUCACCUAGGGGCCCUCAAACUAGGGUCCCUACGCGUCGUCAAUGGAUCCGCCUCGCCGUGUUCCAGCGAUCGAACCCGACUAAAUUGCGCCGGAAGCCCGGUUCCGGAGUCGAUUCACGAUGGUUUGCACCCCGUGGAGCUUUUUGAUAGGGCAGAUUCCCUUCGGAAUCGCACUCACGAAAUGGAGGCAUCCAUGUCCCCGGACCGGCUCGAUACGUCUUCUCCAUGCCACGAGAUGAUCAGCGAUUCCAAAGGGCUGGAUACUUGGAUUGGGGGCUCUUCCGGGGGACGGGGAAUGCCCACCGGUAUUAGUCCCCAGAACCAAGGGAUCCUAUCGAGAGACAGCCGGCCUGCAACGUCGCUCAACAUUCCUCCCCUUCUUAUUAGCGGGAAAUAUGACGACGUCCCGGGUAGUCCUUUCUCAUAUGAAAAGUCACCGACGGUUCUCGCCCCUCGCGGAAUGGGUCCCAGCGAGACCGAGGACGAAGGUAUUACUAUCCCUGAUGGGGACAGAAUAUUUAUUCCGUUGCCUGAGAAGGCCCCCGAGAGAAACCUCAGCUACCGGGGAUUUUCACACUCCCACAAAAAGGUUGACAGCGGCUAUAGCUCUGCAACCUCCGUGCGCUCCCUGCAGGACAGCCGCCACCGUGUUUCUAUAGAAUCUCACAGAUCUCCGCAGCGCUCUCCUGCUUUCCGAAGGUUUACCCUCGGGGGUAGUUCAAGGGAUCUAGAAAUUGGUGAUUCAAACAGGCAGUCCAACCUCGGAAGUCAGCUGCCUCUGAACCGCCAUCUCAGUCUCCAGGACCAGAAAAUGAACUCUCGGCCUGAUGUCACUCGCUGGCCAACAAGCAUGUGCCAUGAGCCCCAGCAGAUGCAGGUGAACGGCCGGCUUAGGAGUUCUUCCCUCACGACUGCGGAGACUUCCAGUCGUAUGGUGUCGGUUCCCCUGUAUUGCACACAACUACGCAGUCUUGAAUCUGCAGCCCUUGAAUCUCCACUCCCUCUUUUCUCGCAAGCAAAUACUGCUAAAUUAGAGGAGACUAGCGAGUCUCUAUAUCCAAGACAUAUUCACGGGGCCCUCUCAGAUUUGUAUCCGGAUUGCUCUGCUGACCCGGUACCCGUGAAUUAUGAUCACGGGGAUGACCGCUUGAAAACGGCCCUGGAUGGCCGGACUGCAGCUCUGCUUACUGGUGAUCAUACUGGUGAUAGCCACCAUUCCUGCCACAAUUUCAUGGAAACAUGCGGUUCGAUAUCGGGGAAUAACUCUCCUAAAAAGUCCCCGACGAGUGUUGCAGACAGGCAAGAACCCCAACGUAGCAGUGCUGUGAAGAGCGAGAUUCGGUUUCCGAGAUCGAGCAAUGAACCUCUUUUCCCACCAACACCAAGCAGUAUUGUGGAAAACAACGCCGCCCUAACGCCACGGGGCCGUACCCGGACUCGGAGUAUUGACUACCAGCGCCGCAAGUCGUCCAAGCCGCAACCCCCAAAAGUUUACGCAUAAGCUUUCCUUUUUAUUUAUUUUUUUUUCAUUAUUCCUGACUAGAUACCAUCAUUCUUAUUUUGUUGAACCUUUUCAUUUGUUGAACGCGUUCAUAUUGGCGUUGUGAUGCCAUAUACUCGUGCUUUAGGAUUACACCAGGUGGAU